CUUGCAUUCCGUGUGCUCUUUACAUCUCCCAAUCAUUCCUUCCCCACCUUCCCGUACUGCAUGUGAGCUAGAAACUCGAGAUAGGACCUCCUCUGAAGAUUGUGUCACGUCGUAUCAAACCGGGUGUUGCGCUAGCGCUAGCGCUAGUUGUUGGGAGCACUUUUGGAUUCCCGAGCUGGUCAGAGUACCGGGAUCUUAUCUCAAACGGAUUCCUCGUAUAGUUACUGUCCACCUUUCCGCCCUUUCGUUUUUGGGGUCCUUCGGGAGCAAUGUUCGUCUACUUACUUCGACCACUUCUACACCUUGAGUACUAGCCAAUUAGUUCUAUCACCGAUGGCUCUUCCUCCCAAUGGCCGCGUCAUUCUCAAGACCUCUGUCGGAGAGAUACAGAGAUACAGAGGCGGUCAGUUGAUGCAGGUUUUCUAUGGGACAGAUCGAAUUAUGGAGACUCCCAAAGCGUGCAAGAAUAGCUAUGGAAGGCGUGGAUGACGAUUUGCUGCAUGAUGUCUCCCGCUACAUCUUCAAGGUUACUACAAUGGCGUUAUCUUCCACAGAGUAGUCCCUAGAUUUCUUGUCCAGACUGGAGAUAGGCGAGGGAGAAUCAUUCUAUAGCCAUUGGUUCGAGGACGAAAUACACCCUAGACUGCGCUAUGCCCACCGUGGGUGAGGAUGAUGCCGAAAGACAAAGAAGACCGUGCUAACACCCUGGCUUUGGUUACGAUCGUGUGGAUGAACUCCAGGGGCAACACACAUUAUUCGGAAGAGUUGUCGGAAACACGGUCGUCAGUAGGUGGAAGUAUCCAGCCAAGAUAAAAUUUAUUCGGAUUGUUGAUAAUCCAUUCGAUAAUAUUGUAACGGCAGCGAAGAAGCGAGCGCAGCACCUAGCCAGAGAGGCGCAAAAGGAGCAGGAGGAGGCUGCAAGGGGAAAG